ACAUGAUCUGCUUGACUAAGUUAAUGGCGGGUGAAAAAUCACUUUCGAAAGGCUGAACUUGCUUAAAUUAAACCUGCAGAUUUGAUAGGAUCACUUACCGAUAUCAUCUCUGAGAGUUAUUUUACAAGUUACAGAAAAAUUGUUAAGUCUUUGGAAAAGAACACUGCAUUUUGUUCGUUUCUUUAGUAAGUCAUUUUUUAUACACAAAGUUUACUUGUUUUGUCUUUAAUGGCGGUGAUAUUAUCUUAUUAGCUUUGCUAAAAAUGGAAAAUAAAGAGCGGAGACCAUCUCGAGAAAGUUUAGCUAUAAUAUCUGGAGUGAAUCGUCAAUCAAAUAAUCGUCUAAGUUAUUUGAAUCAGACAUUAUUAAAUUUUAAUCCAGAUGCCAAUUCGACCAUUUUGAAUCAGCCAUGCUUAGACAAUGACGAAAACAUGAAGAAAGAUAAGAAAAGAGGUAGAUCUAGAGUAUCUUUUUGUCCAAAUCCUAUGGUCAAAAUAGUUGAAACGACGGGAAGUUUAGAAGACAAAAUGGACAUUGAAUCUUACUCAAAAAGUCGUUUAGAAGCUACAACAAAACCGGUCAUGACUGAUAAGACAAACUUAAGUGUGAUGUCAAUGAGUUCCGAUGUUGUUCCCGAAUUGAGUACAUGCACGUUUACCCAAGAUAGUAUGGACAUUAGCUCAUUUAGUGAGAAAACUAUCGAGUCUAAUCAGUUUCUCGAGAUGAUGAGAAAGAAUAGCGACGCUGGAUCAUGUUUGUUAAGCCCCAAUAAAACGAAAUAUACAAGAAUGUCAAUGGAAUUAACUAGAACAUCAGAAGAAAAACUAGAAAAAACAUCAAUUUUGGAAAUUAAGAAAAGUAAUCACUUUUUAAAAGAAAUUGACCGUAUGGAAAAAACUGUAGGAACUCAAAAGAUGAUAUAUGAAGCAAUGAUUUGUCGUUUAUUUGUUAACGUACUGAUAAAGUCAGCAAUUACUAAAGGAGACUUAGAACUGAUAGAAUCUUAUAAAAUUGAUAAAAGAUUCAUUUCUUCAUUUUUAAAAGUUAAACUACUUGAAAAUCCAUUUUUGAUACUAGAAUCAAUAGAAUGCGACGAACCUUACAUAUUUUGCAUGAAAUUAUUAAAUUCAACAAUUGGAUUGUUUAUUAAAUUAGAUAAAAGUCCGGCAGAUGAGGAAAAUCUUCAAUCGUGGAAUUUCAGCAAACUACUCAAAUGUAGUAGACAUUUUUGUGACUUUGUAGGCGGGAAAAAAAUUGAAAAAAUUAAAUUAUGGCAUUCGAAUCCAGAUCUAAUAAAAGACACUCGUGAAAAAUCAAACUUUAUGGCUAUAGUCAAGAAAUGCUAUAGCAUAGCCGAAAAUCCACCAAUUAAACAGGCUUAUGAUUUACCUAAAAUGAUAAUAGAGCUAAGUACAGUCGUUGAACAAGGUAAAAGAUUCAAAUAA